UUCCGUAGAGUUACAAAACAUAAACGAAGCAGGAGGUCGCUGUUACUCUUAUAGUGACUGUUUUAUGACUUUUAAUGCUUACUGUGGAGUAAAAACGACCAAAGGUGACGUGAAUUGAGAUUCUUAGCGACGUUUUACCGCUUUUAUGAAGUUAGCCUCCGGUGCUAAUGCUAGCACUUCCUACUCUGUUUCGUAACAAUGUGUCAAUAAAGUUAUGCAAGUUAAGAUGUGGCAGCAGAACGAGCGGCGAGCCGUCAGGUCACGUGUCAAAGGUGAAGGCUGACAUGUCGGUGGUCCGGCAGGCUGUGUGUGAGGCUUUUUGGGCCAUGUGUGCCGCAGACUCCAUGUCCAUGCCGGUCCACUGGUACUACAACAUCCAGGACAUCAGGAGAGACUUCGGGGGCUGGAUCUCCGCGUUCAGUUCGCCCCCAGACAAACACCCCUCCAGCAUCCUGUCCCUGUCCAACACAGCGGGCAGCGGCCGCAGCGCCUCCUCUUCCAGCAAGAAGCGGGUCGACGUGGUCGGGAAUGUGAUUCUACACGAUAAGCUGGACCUGUGGAAGGCCGGCACCGGUUCGGUCCACUAUCACCAAGGUCUUCACGCUGGCGAGAACACACUCAACAUGCUCUGCGCCCUCCGAGCUGCUCGCACGCUCGCCUCCGGAGGCUUCGCCGCCUCCCUGCCCGACGCCCGCGGCGCCGUCCUCUCAGAUUACGUGCAGUUCCUGACCACGCCCGGCUCCCACGCCGACACGUACGCCGAGUCCUUCCACCGCUCGUUCUUCGCAGACUGGCAGGACACCAGGCCCACCUCCCCCGAUGAGAUCCUAAAGUUUGCAGAGAAGCGCUCCGCCCUCAAGCUGAGCUCGCCGUUCCCAGACAGCCAACUGAACGCCAUCGGCUGCCUUCCCAUGAUUAUCCCCUUCGUCCUGCUGUCGGCCUCAGCCAAUGAGGAGCAAGCUGUGUCAGCAGCUGUGGAGUUCGUGAAGCUCACCCACCCGCACCCCAAAGUGCCCGAGUACGUGUCCAUCUACAGCCGGGCCCUGCACGCCGUGCUGGGCGGAGCCAGCGUCCGCCAGCAGGCCGAGCACGCCCUCAGGAAGCUGGACGCCUGGGAUGCCUGCCAGAGCUACAGUCAGAAAGCGGCCAGGUUUCCGGCUUCUUCUGCGGACCGACUGAAGGUCCACCAGAGCGCCGUGAGCUACCUGGGUCUGGCCUGCUACAACGACGGAGCGCUUUCCAGCAUGUUCUACCUGGCUUACGAGUUUCACGACGACCCCAAAGAAGGGAUCCUGGCGAACACCAACUGCGGAGGUGAAAACUGCAACCGUGGGGCUGCCCUGGGGGCCCUGCUGGGAGCCGGCGCCGCCUACAGUGGGCGGGGCAUCCCGCAGGAAUGGAAGGACGACUUGAAAGACGGACAAGAGUUCAUUCCUGAGAUUCUCAAGAAGCUUUAGUCAGAGCAACAGCACCUCCUAAAGGAGACAAAGAGAACUGCAGGCACUAAUAAAAGUCACUGCUGCUUCCAGGUUUCAUA